AUGGGUGAGCAGUAUCUAGAGGCUUUUGACUCACAAAGGGCUUCUAAUUUGAUGUCUACUUCUCAAGAAGCAAUUCUGAAUUUCUCAUACACUGAUACGCUUUCCGAAAUCAAUCCAUGGGGUAAAGAUGAUCUUGAACUAACGAAUACUGACUUGAAAACAAGGAACUUCUGGUGUCAUUGGUCUAAUUUAAGCACCAGAGAUAAAAGGAUAUGUUCUGGCGUUUGUGCCGUAGGGAUUAGUAUAGUGGGUGGUAUAUGGUAUCGACAUAUGAGUCAAGUCCAACCCAAAAGUAAAAGAUUCAAGAGAAGAGUUCCCAAAUUAGCCAAUGGAGCCAGAAGAGAUGUGGUUUUAGUCGUGGGUUCUCCUGUUGAACCCUUAACUAGACUCAUAGCACUUGAUUUUGAGAAAAGAGGAUUCAUUGUAUAUAUGUCAAUUCUUGAUGGCAAAGAUCAACGAUACGUUGAGCUGAACCCUAUUACAGAUGAUAUCAACUAUUUGAACUUGAUGUCGGAUGUAAACGGAUUUAAGAUGCAAAUAGAAAAGUUUCAACAAUUAUUAAACUUACCAGUCAUUCCAUUUCCUGGCGCUGAGCCUCAUACAUUAAGACUAGUGAGUAUUGUGUUUGCUCCAACAAUGUUCUUUCCAAUUGGACCCAUUGAAAACAUUUCUGUCACAUCAUGGCAAAAAAUGAGCGAUAGAUUAAUGGUUUUCUUUAAAUUACUAUCAUCAGGUCUCGUCGGACUAGCUCGGGACCAAAAUAGUAAACUUAUAUUAAUUUACAAUUCUAUCAUAAGUUCUACGGACCUGCCUUAUCAUGGACCCGAAGUUGUCUUCCAAAAUAGCUUAAAGAAUUUGUUCACAGUUUUAACGAGAGAGGUCUACCUGCAAGGGAUUUCUGUUACACAAGUGAGGUUAGGAAAUUUGCAUAGUUCUUCCACUGAAAACCAAAGAAAUAAAGUGGCUAACAUGGUUAGUUCAGAAUUAAGAGAUUGGAGUGAUGAUAUGCGGUCUCUUUAUGGGAACCAAUUCUCAAGAGUUCUGCUUAAAACAGCCCCAGUAAACCCUAAACAAGGAAUUAAGUUGAGAGAAUUUUAUCACCUACUCUUUGACUUAACAUACAGUAAUAGGAGAAAUCCUACAUACGUGUAUUGUGGAUCCGGUGCAAGAACUUAUGAUAUUAUUACUAGUAUUGUACCCAAUUCUCUUUUGAAUAGGUUUCUAUAG